AUGGCCAGCUUUUAUAGCGGAGCGGCACUGGUGGUACUGACGCAUCCAGAUAAUAGCCAAUCCAAUUGUCAUAACUAUUUGUUACAUUCGCUGGAAAACAGAAUAGAGAAACAUUCUGCAUACAAGAAACAGCUGCCCAUUAGCCUGUCCAAGGAGAGUUGGAAUCCAACAGCGGACAUCAAUAUGAAGACUUAUCUCAUUGUGCUUGCUGCGAUCCUAGGAGCUGCCAUCGCCGUCGACUACUGUGCACUGCCCACCUGCAUGGACAAGCACGUGGCCUGCAAUAAUAAAGGAAACUUCAGUGUUGAUUGCCCCAAGGAUGUGCGCGAAAUCAAAAUCGAACCCCAUCGCAAGCUCAUCCUCACGCUCUUCAACGAACUGCGGAACAACGUGGCUGGUGGUACCAUUGAGAACCUGCCCAAGGCGGUGCGCAUGGCCAAGAUGUCCUGGUGCGAGGAACUGGCCCACCUCGCCUCGUACAACGUGAGGACCUGCGAGUCCAUAACCGACAAGUGCCGCAGCACGGAGCGCUUUGCCUAUGCCGGCCAGAACAAUGUCAUCUUCAGCUACAGCGGAGCUGAGUCCGAGUACACGGAUGCGGAGAUCUUGAAGGAGCAGAUCGAGAACUGGUUUGCCGAGCGUUCGAAUGCCACCCCCGAGAUUCUUGCCAACUUCCCCGAGGAGCUGCCCAACAAGAAUGUGGCCAAGUUCACCAUUGCCGUGGCCGAGAAGAACACCCACGUGGGAUGUGCUGCUGUGCGCUUCUCCCGCGACUUCUACAACCACUUUGUGCUCACCUGUAAUUUUGCCACAUCGAACAUCAUCGGCCAACCCGUGUACACUCCGGGAGAGAAGGCCACCACGGGAUGCAAGAACCGCUACGGUGCCGCCUUCGAUUUCCCCAAUCUGUGCUACGCCAAGGAGAUCUACGACAACGAGAAGGUGGUCGCUGGCAUCAAGGUGUUCUGAGGAUACUUGAGCUAUCGCUGCUUUGUUUGGUCGCUUUAUUUCAUUUAAGAUUUUGUGAAGGUGCAAAAUGCAAAGAAUGUGAUGUGGAAUAAAUUCCCUGCACAGAAAAA